UUAAUUUCUACUUCGUUUCAUUGGCAAAAGCUUCGGUGUUGUUGGCGAGAUGUUUGGCCCUUUGUUCUUCGUGCUUAUGGCGCACAGCGCUUAUGGAGACGUGAGUUAUUCUUUUCCGGAGGAGAUGAAACGCGGAUCUGUGAUUGGAAAUAUAGCGAAGGAUCUCGGGCUCGAUGUGAACAGACUAUCAUCUCGAAAGGCUCGUAUUGAUACUGAAGGUAACAGAAAACGAUAUUGUGAUAUUAAUCUGAAUACUGGAGAACUGAUCGUAGCGGAGAGGAUCGACAGGGAGGAGAUUUGUGGAAAGAAAUCUUCAUGCGUUAUAAAACAGGAGCUCGUGCUGGAAAAUCCUUUAGAGCUGCAUCACUUCAUUCUCAACAUUGAGGAUAAAAAUGAUAAUUUACCAGAGUUCAAACAAAGUACCAUCAAAUUUGAAAUACGGGAAUCAGCAGACAAAGGAUCUCGUUAUUUAUUAGAUGAGGCCCAUGAUGCGGAUAUUGGUGUGAAUUCAGUGCAGUCAUAUACAUUACAAAACAAUGAACACUUUAUCCUGAGUGUCCUUACUGGGUCAAAUGGAAGAAAAUAUGGAGAGCUGGUUCUUAAUAAAGAGUUGGACCGUGAGCAGCAAAAAGAGGUGACUUUAAUUGUCACUGCGGUUGAUGGCGGGACUCCACCGAGAUCAGGUACUGUAGCCAUACACGUCACUGUACUGGAUGCUAAUGAUAAUGCUCCAGUCUUUAGUCAGGCCGUCUAUAAAGUCAGUCUGCCUGAAAAUUCUCCUGUAGAUACUGUAGUGGUUACUGUGAGCGCUACUGAUGCUGACGAGGGACAAAAUGGAGAAGUGACAUAUGAAUUUGGGCAUUUAUCAGAAAAGUUGCUUAAAUUAUUUUUCCUUAGUGCGAAGUCUGGUGAAAUUAAAGUAAAAGGGCUCAUUGAUUUUGAGGAGGAGAGUUCAAUCGAACUGCCAAUUCAAGCUAAAGAUGGUCAAGGGCUAGCAGGUCGGUCCACUGUUUUAAUUGAUGUUGUUGAUGUCAAUGAUAACGCCCCUAUAAUAAUACAGAAAUCACUUAAUAGUCCAAUUUCCGAGAACGCGUCACCCGGUACAGAGGUUGGCAUCAUUAAUGUGCAGGACAGAGACUCUGAGAAUAACGGACAGGUGCGCUGCUCCAUUCAGCAAAACGUCCCAUUUAAACUCGUCCCUUCAAUCAAAAAUUACUAUUCUCUGGUGACCACAGGUGAAUUAGACCGCGAGCUGGUGUCUGAUUAUAACAUCACAAUUACUGCUACUGAUGAGGGCUCUCCACCUUUAUCUUCCACUAAGAAUAUUCACUUCACUGUAGCGGACGUGAAUGAUAACCCACCUGUAUUUGAGGAGCAGAAUUACAGAGCUAAUGUGCAAGAAAAUAACAAACCGGGCUCCUCUAUUUGUUCAGUAUCAGCUACAGACCCGGACUGGAGACAGAAUGGCACUGUAGUUUAUUCUCUGUUGCCCUCUGAUGUUAAUGGCGCACCGGUGUCCUCCUUUUUAUCCAUUAACGGAGAUACCGGGGUCCUUCAUGCCGUGAGGUCGUUUGAUUACGAGCAGAUGAGAAGUUUCAAAGUGCUCGUGUUAGCCAGAGACAACGGGUCUCCUCCUCUGAGCAGUAACGUGACCGUGAGUGUCUUCAUAACGGAUGAGAAUGACAACUCCCCUCAGAUAUUAUACCCCUCUCCGGAAGGGAACUCCUUGAUGACCGAGAUGGUCCCCAAAGCUGCGCAGGCGGGCUCCCUGGUCUCCAAGGUGAUCGCUGUGGACGCGGAUUCUGGACAGAACGCGUGGCUCUCGUAUCACAUUAUUAAAGCGACUGAUCCGGGACUUUUCACUAUCGGUGUCCACAGCGGAGAGAUCAGGACGCAGCGGGACAUUUCUGAAUCUGACAGCAUGAAACAGAACCUGAUUGUCUCCGUGAGAGAUAACGGACAGUCCUCUCUCUCAGCCACGUGCGCAUUGUAUUUACUGAUAUCAGAUAACUUGGCUGAAGUUCCUGAACUGAAAGACAUGUCUCAUGACGAGAGCAGCUCCAAACUGACGUUUUAUUUGAUCAUCGCGCUGGUGUCCGUUUCCACUUUCUUCCUCACCUUCAUCAUCAUCAUCCUGGCCGUGAGGUUUUGUCGCAGGAGAAAGCCCAGACUGUUGUUUGAUGGAGCUGUAGCCAUUCCCAGCGCGUAUCUCCCUCCAAAUUACGCAGACGUGGAGGGCGCGGGAACUCUCCGCAGCACUUACAAUUAUGACGCAUAUCUGACCACGGGCUCGCGCACUAGUGACUUCAAGUUCAUCAGAUCUUAUAAUGAGGGCACGCUGACCUCUGACCUGACUCUGAAAAAGACUCCGUCUGUUGAGAAUGUAUUGGAGGGUCUUGGCAGUGAAGCUGAAAAUAUUUCUCAGGUAUUACAUUUUUAAUUCAUGGCUUAACAACUG